AUGGCGCUAGUAGCUGUCCUUGGUGGCCCAUCCCCUGGUAUAAAGGAAUCCUGGCCAUUCAUCGCAUCCAGACACAACACAUCUCCCUUUCCGCUAGCUAUUCAGUGCCACUCACAGGAUCAAGCAGAGAAAAUCUUGAGACUGCAGAACUCUACCAUCAAGUUCAUCGAGAGGAAUUCACCCAGUGCUAUCUUCACAACCUUGGCUACAUUGAAGGGCAUUGCAGGCAUUUUUCCCAAUCAUGAGGGGUUUUACAGUGUUGUGUAUGGACAGAAAGUCAGUAUAUUUCUGGAUAGGUCAAUGGCUAUUGCACAGGUCAACGGCCUUGAAAUCAGGAAGUUCCAUAAAUUCAACACGCUAAUUGAAGCUCUCUGCUUCAUGAUAUUCAAGGGGAUGGACAAUCCUGCCAGUGAUGACAAUGAAUCUCAGCCGACUGCAGCUUAUUUGACUCGCCACACUGAGGCUUUUCACAGGGUACCUCAAUCUACGGGGUUACAACAACUUUCAACUCAAUUUGAGCAGCUUCAAGUGCAAUCCGCCUCUCAGUCUAUUGACAGCUCAUUGCAGCCCAUCAUCCGCCACUAUAACAGGUCGCUUUCUGGCAUCACAGGGAUGGUUUUCAUUGGAGAAUCCGAUAUUGUCGACUUAGACUCACCUCCCACUGGUGCCCUUGGUCCUCCAGCCGAAAAAUAUCUCUUUGCACAUGGCUACCAAGCUUCAGCUAUCUGGAGCAUCAUUCAUGCUUUUAGGGAAGAAUAUUCUAUUCAAGAUUUUACUAACUACAUCUGCGCUAGAGGAAUGCCUCUGUUGGAGGCUGAAUAUCUUUUUGAGUUGAUUUCAGGAUGUGACAUCUAUCUGGAUGACGGCGGCAUCAUCUAG